AUGAAACAUGCCCAAGGGCCUCCGUACCUUCCACAGACGGCGCAGCUAGGCGGUGUGCCGACGGUCGGGCUAGAUGUACCCAUCAGCGCGGUACUGCUGGUGCUGUUCGUGGCCGGGGCGGCGACCAACAUGACCAUCUUCCAGUUCAACCGGCGGCACAACUACAAGUUCCUGUUCUCGGGCCUGCUGUUCGGGUUCUGCAUGGCGCGCAUCGCGGCGCUGGCCAUGCGCAUGGUGUGGGCGGGGCGGCCACGCGACAUCAACGUGGCCAUCGCGUCGCAGAUCUUCACGGCCGCCGGCGUGCUGCUGCUGUUUGUGACCAACCUCGUCUUCGCCCAGCGCAUGGUGCGCGCCUACCACCCCUUCUUCGGCUGGCAGCGCGGCGUGACGCUGCUGUUUGUGGGGUUGUAUGCCAGCGUCGUCGCCGUGCUCGUCAUGGUCAUCUCGGUCACCGUCCAGAGCUUCUUCACCCUCGACCCGGCCACGCGCCGCACCGACCGCACCGUCCAGCUGUUCAGCGCCACGUACCUGGCCGCCAUGGCCUUCCUGCCCGUCCCGCUCGUCGCGCUGGCCGCCUUGCUCCCGCGCCGCACCCGCAUCGACAAGUUCGGCGAGGGCCACUUUAGCACGAAGCUGGCCCUCCUAACCUUCACGGCCACGCUGCUGGCCGCGGGCGCCGUGUUCCGCGCCGCGACCGCCUACGCGUCGCGCCCGCUCGACGACCCGGCCUGGUUCCAGAGCAAGGCCUGCUACUACUGCUUCAACUUCGUCAUCGAGCUCGUCGUCGUCUACACGUACGCCCUGUCGCGCUUCGACCGCCGCUUCCACGUGCCCGACGGCAGCUCUGCGCCCGGCCACUACUCGUGCGCCGAGUUCGGCCCCGACGCCGCCGCCGCCCUCGCCCUCACCUGCGCUUCGUCUCCGUCCUCCCAUGCUGGUGUCGAUGUCGAGCCCUUCGACAAGCACAGCGCCACCUACGUCUACAGCAAGCGCAGCUCUGCCUGGUCCGCCCAGUCGCGCCGCAGCGUCCGGAGCGGCGGUCUUGCCGGAGAGUCGGGUGCGGCAGUCGCUGCCGAAGCCCAUAGCGAGACGUGCAGCAUAUCCCGCGACGCCGACAUGGCGUGGAUGGCCAGGGCCAUGCGCGAGCUCUACGGCGAAGACGAGACCGACCAGCUGCGUGGUCCUGGCUCGGCACACAGGUAGGCAGGCGGUUAAAGAUGGGAGGAAUAAGGGCAGGCAAGCAGGAAGGCAGGGAGGGAGGGAGGAAAAGAGGAAAAGAGGAAAAGGGGGGCUGUCCCAUUCCAAUAACCCGCAUUACAUACCAAGACUACCUAGCUACAGUUGCUGUUGUUGUUAUUUUGCGCUAUGAGAGUAGUUCGUGGCGGAACAAGGUGUCGAUGAUUUUGUUGCGGGAGAGGGGCAGCUGCCUCUGCCCGAGAUGGGACGGAGAUAAUGCACCGUGUUUUGCUCGGACCCAGGCGCGAUGGGAUGACCUUCUUUGUGGGUUAUCUUUUUCUUUUUUUUCACGUCAUGUCCAUAUGCGCUUUUUUGUUUGUGUGUGGGUUAGACAGAUACCUAAGGUGAACUUGCCUUCUUGCCUUGCG